UUUACGAUAUCUGGCUCCGCCUUUUACAAGAAACAGAAAGCACAAAAGAAAAAGAAACUCAACUAGGCGUAUUUAAUUCGCCAGAGGAACAUAAAAUGAUUUUCGGCUAUUUUAUACUCACUUUGUGUGUUUUGCUCGUUGACGGUGUGUUUGGUGAUACAGAUGAAGCAAAGUCAGUGCUAAAGGGAAGUGCUGUCACUCUAGAGAACCAAGAACAAUAUGAAGUGAUACAGUGGUAUUUUAAUAACAUUCAAAUAGCUCAGUUUGAUAAAGAUGUUGGUGAGAGGUGUUUAUAUGAUGGUGAGGGCGGGAUAUUCAGAGACAGACUAAAGGUGGACUAUGAGACUGGAUCUCUGACCAUCACAAACAUCACAAGUGAACACGCUGGACAUUAUGAAGCAGUGAUCAUCAGACGUCAGGCAUCAGGCAACCACUACAGUCUGCACACAUCCACAAAUUGUGUCGGCACAAUAAUAAGAAAAAAACAAGUCAGGAUUGCUGAUUACACAAAAAAAUUUGCUGUUAAUGUCAAUGAAGAACAUGACAAGGGGUCGGAGAAAUUGCCAGCCACAAGUUUAGGUCUGCCUUCAAAUGCUGUAGCAGGAAUAAGUGUUGCUGUUGUUAUGGUGGUAGCUGUAGCUGCUGGUAUAAUUUACCAUUGCUGCAGGAACUCCAGAAAGAGCAAACAUGGAGAUUAACAGGGAAGAAGAGGUUCUGUAGUAAAUCUGCGAGAACCAGCCCCAUUCGUGACCUCACCCCUGAACGAUGUGGGGAACACGGUUCCUAAACAAUGUCCUGUCUGUCCCAUUGUGACCAUCACCACUGGCUCCAUUACACUUUCAAGACUCACCUGCUUUGUGGAUACCUCACAGCUCCUUUCCUCUACCCCUUCUUUAGCACCACCUCAAACCCCCCUCAACGCCAGCUUGACGCUGUGAAGUGGAACCCCUGGCUUUACCUCAGGCCCUUUGCUUCACCUCAUGCUGUUAGACUUUUGCCUUUGCUUCGGUUCAGUACUUCCUCAGCUUGACCUUGAUCUGCCAUCUUUAAGGUUUCACCAGGUUUUUUAUCCUUCUGGCUCCACCUUGGACACCUCUGCCUCAGCCCUCCACCCUGUUGGUUCCAUUGUGCUCUUCCUUCCCUCUAGUUGUACAUCGGUCUUCAGAAACCCCCUUUCCUCCACUGUAGUACUGUUUGAUAUGGCACAAUGUCUGGGUUAUCUUAUGUUAUGUUAUGUUAGUGUAUUCCAGUCUUUGGUUCUCCUUUCCUUGGUUUCACAGACUGUUACGGCUGGCUCGUGAGCCGCAACACAAAAUAGGCACAACACCACAUUUUGGGGAAAACUCCAUUUAUUUGCCAAAAUGAGAAAAAAAAAAAGUUACAUAACAAACUAGACGUCUAGGGGUGUAAAAUAAAAUUAUACACGCGCGAGUAUUUAAUGGGAAAACUAAGAAGAGGGGGAAGAAAAAAAACACAAGCAAACACAACACCUGAGAGAGACCAACCAAAAGACAUACCAGGCUUUUAUACAUCGUGACUCUCCUAGAGGCUUAAUCAGUGAUUAAUGUCACCUGUUGCCCAGCCAGCGAUUGCACUUACAGCAAAGCCAGCAGGGGGCAAUAAACAGGCGUAACACCUCCGAAACAACAACCGUUCACUAUCGAUCGGCUAUGCAACUUCUCAAACGUAUUCCUCCUAUUGUCUACAAUUACUAUUGUCCCUAAGCUCAAAAGGAUGCCUGUUAGCUAAAUCUAUUUUAGCCUAUACAAGCAACCACGUACUUCCCGUUUAACAAUAACAACAGUAACCCCUAAUACUCACACGCAAACACAAAACAACGCUCUCUUUAUCAAAUUUAAUAAAAGAGAAAAUUCGGGGGGGAAAGUACUCACCGGGAUUUCCAUUGGCUUUUCAUCUCCGAUAUACCUGAUCAUCACCAAACUAAACUCUCUAAUCUUCAAAGGACUGCCGGGCUCGAGGCAACUUGAAACGCUGAACCUCGUAACAGCCGUUCUCCAAAUGCGUUCAGCUGCGCCAGAAGCGUACCCCCACCCGGGAUUUCCUUCCAAAACCCCCAAAACAAAAGAAAAAAAAAAAAAAAAAAAAAUCAACAAAACAACAAACAGUUUUCCGAUGGAAAGACCGCUCACACGCAGCCCAGCUGAAACACUCUAACUAACUGGAGUGAAAGCCAGUUCUCAAAGGAAAUCCCGAAGAGAGAAAAAUAUAUAUAUACACAUACAACGACGAACUCAAAAUCUUGGACGAGGCCCCAAUUUUAUGUUACGGCUGGCUCGUGAGCCGCAACACAAAAUAGGCACAACACCACAUUUUGGGGAAAACUCCAUUUAUUUGCCAAAAUGAGAAAAAAAGUUACAUAACUAGACGUCUAGGGGUGUAAAAUAAAAUUAUACACGCGCGAGUAUUUAAUGGGAAAACUAAAAAGAGGGGGAAGAAAAAAAAAAAACACAAGCAAACACAACACCUGAGAGAGACCAACCAAAAGACAUACCAGGCUUUUAUACAUCGUGACUCUCCCAGAGGCUUAAUCAGUGAUUAAUGUCACCUGUUGCCCAGCCAGCGAUUGCACUUACAGCAAAGCCAGCAGAGGGCAAUAAACAGGCGUAACACAGACAAGACCAAAUUUAAGUCUGAGCUGUUUCACUCAAAGAAACUUGCACUGAUUGAUCUUGAAAUAUGUCAUUGUCCUUGUUUUGUCUCAAAAUGUUAACCACUUAAGUGUUUUUUUUUUUUUUUUUUUUUUCUAAGUCAUGUUUAUAAAAAAUACUUUAAUGUCCUAAUUGAACUACGGCCUAAUCCUGAUUUAGUCUAAGCCCUGUCUGUGAAACCAGCCGCUUGUUUGUUAACUAAGUUUAUCCCACCUAACUAAUUAAUCCCACCUGUUAUAAUUAACUGUGUAUUAGUACUCCCUGUUUACUUCAUUCCUUUGUCUGGUCUGAUUGUGAUUCAUGGUAUAUGUCAUAUACCUUUGCUAUUAUUAAUAAAAGUGUUUAUUGGA